AUGGCUCCUCGCGGGGCUCCCAAAGCUCGUGACUACGAUUACUCUAAUGUCGGAAAACAGGGGAGGCGAACGGGUAUUACUCUCAAAGAGGGUAGAUUGGAUGAACAUGGAAUGGAAGAGCUGGACGGGGUGUUCUCAUCGCCAGAGAAAUCUCCGGUCAGAGUCAAUGGGAUGCAUACUGGUAACGACACGAUAAUGGGCUCUGAAGGCAUGUCAAUGGAUGAAGACGAAGCUCCUGAUCCAGCUGAUUUUCUUCGACCUGGCAACCGACGAUCCCCAUACUUACCACCACCUGUCUCUAGAUCACCACGAAAAAGUGGGUUGAGUGGCUCGCCGCGCCGAACGCCGGGUUUGCGAUCGUCGCCUUUUGUACAGAAUGACCAAGAUUCUUCCAGCCCUUCAGCUCUUCAUCAAAGAGUUAACAACCCUAAGGCUACCUCAACUCUAUCUGGCCGCCGACCUCUUAACGACAGACGACCCAACACGGCGCCAAUCGCAAAUGGUCUGCGACAAAAGAGUAAGGAAUUCGAUGCAAGUCGAGGCUUCUCUGACAACGAGAAUGAUCCAGUACAAGAAGAUGAUGCGCACAACGACAACGCAUUUGACACAGGCGUCAAUGACAUUCACGUCAUUGACGGUCCAUACGAGGCCGGCUCGGAUGACUUUAUUGCGCCUGUCGAUACUGGACAUCAAGAUAUUUCUGAACAGGACUCGCCAUCGAUUCAUGCGUCUAUUUCUCGCGGCGUUAACCGAAGUAUAGCCUCUACUAGGUUUAGAGACGCAGAAGAUGAUGAUUAUAGAACACCCAAAGAGUCACCUCGAAACCCACUCAAGAGAUCACGACCAGGACGGCCUCCAAAGACACAAAGCACUGCUCAAGAUAGUGAAGGUAGACCUGCGAAGAAAGCCAAGCCUUCAAGGAAAGAACCUAGUCCGCCGUUAGCACCAUUAGAUCCAGAGUUGGAGAAGGUUGUCGAGAACCAUGUCUCCCGCACAGGUCCUCUCAAAGGCCGUAGUCUUUAUAUUUUGAAGCGUGAAACACCUUCAGAAGAUCAGUCUACACAUACUCGUUCAGGCAGAGUCUCAGUGCGACCCUUAGCAUACUGGCGUAAUGAACGUUGUGUCUACGGUGAUGGGGAAGCUGGGAUUGGGCAGAGGUACCCGUUAUCGACUAUCAAGGAGAUCAUUCGAACUGAGGAGCUGGAACCGGAGAACAAUGGGAAAAAGAAGCGCAGGGCCAAGAAUAAAUCGAAAAAUAAGAAGGAAAAUGACGAUGACUCGGAAGAUGAGGACGACACAGCUAUUGUUGAUGAAUGGGAAAGCCAAGAUGGCGUUCUUCACGGGUAUGUUAAGAAAUGGGACGCGGCGAACCAAGCAGCUUCGCUUGAUGAGGAACAAGAAGUGCUAGAUAUUGCCUAUGCACCAUCCGGAAUCGAGACUCGGGUUGUUAAAGACUGCACGUUCCGGUUUGCAAAAGUGUUGAGUCACGCAUUCAUCGGCUCUGGUAUGGUGGAAAUUCCCCCGAAAGGUGUUAAGAAACCGAAGAAUUCGAAAAGAAUGCAUAUGGUGUUCUACGUCUGCCAAGGCAGAGUGCAAGUCGACGUGAAUGGGAUCCAAUUCACUGCUGGGAAGGGAUGUGUAUUUCAGGUUCCGCGAGGAAACCAUUAUAGCUUUGCAAACAUAUAUCACAAAGACGCUCGAUUGUUUUUCACGCAAGCAUUCCUUCCUACCGAGGAAGAGAAUACUACUGAGAAUAUCUCCAAGGAGGCAGUCGAACCAGACCUGGAUAGUGAAGUGCCACUGCCGAGACCCAAGGGUCGAGGACGAGGACGACCCAAAGCGAAAGCAGCCAGCAAGGCUUGA